AUGGACAGUGACAAUCAGACGAUCACUACAGAAUUCCUCCUCCUGGGUCUCUCUGAAGAGUCAGACCAAGAAGAGGUCGUCUUUGGGCUGUUCUUGGGGAUGUACAUGGUCACCAUCUCUGGGAACCUUCUCAUCAUUCUGGCCAUCAGCUGUGACCCUCAUCUCCACACACCCAUGUACUUCUUCCUGGCCAACCUCUCCACUGUUGACAUCUGCUUUUCCUCAGUCACUGUUCCCAAGGCUCUGGUGAAUCACGUGGUGGGAAGCAAGUCCAUCUCUUACUCGGAGUGUAUGGCCCAGAUGUACUUCAUGUUCAUAUUUGGCAACAUGGAUGGCUUCCUGCUGAGUGUGAUGGCCUAUGACCGCUAUGUGGCCAUUUGUCACCCACUCCACUACACCAUGAUGAUGAGGCCCAGACUCUGUGUCCUCCUGGUGACCAUAUCAUGGGUCAUCACAAACCUGCAUGCUCUCUUGCACAUUCUUCUCAUGGUUCAACUCACCUUCUGUUCCCACAAUGCAGUGCACCACUUCUUCUGUGACCCCUACCUUGUCCUGAAGCUCUCUUGUUCUGACACCUUUAUCAAUGACGUCACAGCCUUCACUGAGGGUGCAGUGAUAUUUAUUACACCAUUUGUAUGCAUUGUUGUUUCCUAUGCCUACAUCUACUCUAAGGUCUUGAAGAUGCCCUCUGCCCAUGGAAUAAGGAAAGCCCUGUCCACAUGUGGAUCUCACCUCACCGUGGUCUGCUUAUUCUACGGGACGAUCCUAGGAGUUUAUAUGCACCCCAUUUCCUCCUACUCACUACAGGAUGCAGUGGCCUCUGUCCUCUUCACAGUGGUGACACCCAUGGCCAAUCCCUUCAUCUAUAGCCUGAGGAAUCGUGACAUCAAAGGAGCCCUAAGGAAGAUAAUUCUCAGAUCCUAGAAUCUGAAAUUUCUAGAGCUGAGAGGACUCCUAGACGUCAUGCAUUUUUUUCAUUUUUAUAAACAGACACUCAGACUGGUCUGGUGCUCACAUGACCUUGCCUUGGAUUAGUGGUAGAAGAUGGUGAUUAUGCUUUUGAUUUGGAUGCUGACUAAUAUUCUCUGUCACACACUUUGAAACUUAUCUCUGUAGUGAUAUUUGUAAUCUUAAGUAAUAAAGCUUGUCUGAAGAUCAGAGAACAGAACCAGCCGCAGAGUUAAACAUA